UCUUGAGCAAGAUCAUACCAAGAAUAUUUCUCCUAUCAGAAAACUUGGUCCACUGACUCCAUCAAGCCAGCAGCAUCUGAACUCCUGAGGUCCCACUCUUCUCUUCUCUCCAGCCAGAAGACUUCAGCAGCUUGUCCACCAGCAUGACUCCUCAGCCUCUCCUCCUGCCCAUCCUGGUUCUCUUGUCCCUCCUCAGCACGUCCUGGUGCAGUCCCAUGUGCAAUAACCAGUGUUGUCGUUUCGUGGAGGGAUUCCCUGUCAGGCUCAAGAAGCUCAGAGAGGACUAUUCACAGAUCAGAGACUUCUACGAAGCAAACAAUGACUUGGAGACAGCACUGCUAGACCAGAGCGUCGAGGACUCUUUUAAAAGCCCGUUUGGCUGCCACGCAAUGAACAGCAUACUGGACUUUUACCUGAGCACGGUGCUGCCCACAGCCAUGGCCGAAGUGACGGAGGACACCAGGGCGUUGAAGCCUCACAUGGAGUCCAUCCAGCAGAUCUUCGACGAGCUCAAGAGUGAUGUCACCAAAUGUAGAAACUACUUCUCCUGCAAGAAACAGUUUGACAUCAGAAACCUAAACUCUACUUACACUCAGAUGGAGAGUAAAGGUCUGUAUAAGGCCAUGGGCGAGCUGGAUUUGCUGUUUAACUACAUUGAGAUAUACCUGGCCUCCAAACGGCACAGGAACUUAGUGGCCUCUGCCUGAUGACUUGCUGACCCAAAUCAAAAUGUGACUUUGUUCCUCUCAGGAGAAAAAAAAAUUGACUCCCACCCAUUGUCUUUUAUGAACCUGCUAAACUGAUGUCUUGCUGUGCUGAGACUUCUCUUUACUUUUUUGUCCUGUGGACAGAUAUCUUCAUGGGACCAUAUUGAGUCUUACACUUAUGAAAUUGUAUGACACUGUCACCUCUGAGCCUGUUGUAUUUAUUUUAUGUAUUCAUAUUCAUAUUUGUAUUUAUUAUGGAUAGUUUUUUAUUGUUAA